GAGACAAACGUCAGAUCGAUCAAGGUCCAGGAAGUUCAAGGCAGUUGAGCUAUGCAGAAACAUUACAUCAACACAACAUCAAAACCCCAUUAAACCACAGCACCGGUAUCAACCAGUCUCAUAACACACUGACUUGUUUUCUACUCCCGCACUGAAUGAGUCAUGAAAACUAAUGGUACAGCUUCAUCGUAGAAGCAUCAUUGCGUCGAUACUUAAUCCAAUUAAAUCGGGUGAUACUAUAAAAUGGAGCUAACAGCCCGAUUUAAGUUAGUCAUCAAUCAGCUGCUUCGUUGCUAUUUCAUCUGCGAUGGAUAUCACAACUCAUCUAGUUCGAGUUUUCACUGCAGUAGCACUGCUGUACUUCAUCACAACAGAAUCAAUUUGUAGCGUGGAUCAAAAAAACAGCAAAUGCCACUAUCUAUCCGGACAAACGACGCCACUGAUUCUCUUCAAUGUCAGCCAUGGCGUCGUUGCCAUGGGCUCUCCUGGACACACACUCAAUAAUAACUGGAAUUACUAUCACAACCACUAUUGUCAAUGGAUCAUAACGUGUAGUAACAAUGCGAUCGUGUAUGUCAAAUCCAACUUGUAUCCCAACACAAAUAGCAUUGAUGUGAAUGCCUGUGCUACUACCUCGACUCAUGGAGAUUACGUCAAAGUCAAAGUUGGAACCACAAUGGAUGACACAAUUUGUGAUAAAGGUCCACACCAGGGUUACUACUACAAACACGUACAAUCGAAUGUAUUAACAAUCGAAUUCAACAGCGACUCCGCCAAUAGUAACAACAUUGGAAUGUAUGCCAUUGUUCAUGAUGUGGCGUUUGGCUCAAAACGAAAACGAGAUGACAACCCUUCACAGCUUAGUCAAGUAGAAGAAAUGCUGGUUGACGUAGCAGCAAACGACAACGCCCGUUUCUAUUGUGGCAAGUCAUGGGCGAGACCAUACGUCGACCAAGGCUGCACAUGCAGUGGCAUCGACGUCAAAGACCAGGGAGUGACAAGAAGCCACAAGUGAAACAAAAGGAAUCAGUGCAGAAAUGAAUACCCAAACUGAGAUACACGUGACUAGCAGUUGCAUGGAGUAGAUGUAGAGUAGAAAGUCAUGGUUUUAAUAAGUAAUAGAAAACAUUGCUUGUAAUCAGUCUACCAUCAGAUGUAUACAUAAAACACAAUAAAGUUUGAUAUAACACA